AAGUAUCUAUUAAUUAGGUGACAUCCUGGAAAGAAGUAAACAUUAUGGAACAAGCAGUGGACUCUGUUCCUGAAAGUAGGAGUGGGGGAUCUGGUGUUUCAUGGACGUCACUGGCAUACAGAACAUACAUAUAACCGUGGUUUGAAGGAAAUUCAGCCAGUUUGCAAAGACCAUUGAACGCGAUAAAGUCGUUUCAUCAUUUGCGUCCAUUCGAGUCCACGUGAAUUUUAUCCAAUAUUACUACUAAUAUUUGAUUAGUUAGUAAAUAAUUCUUAAUUUUGAGACUCGUUAUCAUAUCAUUUGUAUAUAUAUUCUGAAUCAUUAAACAAGUGUUUUCGUUGGUAGUAUAUCUGUGAUAGAUUGAAUUCCCUAGAUUAACAAUACGUAUAAAAAGUGUAUUCGUGAAAGCUACUAAAGAUAAGUGAAAUAGCAAAUAUGAAGAUUCUGAGAACUGCUAUGCUGUUCACCUUUGUUCUGGGAUGCUAUACCUUGAGUGUCACUGCUUCUGCGAUUCCCAUGUGGGAAUUCCUCUCCAGGGGUGAGAAAGCGAGUUACUUGUUAAGGAUGUUCAGCAUGCAAGUAGCCAAGUAUUGUGCGGAUUCAUCCAUGCCGGAUUGCAACAAAAAUUUGUUGGUUGCCGGGAUGCGGAACUUAGCUAACAUGGACAACAACAUUCUCGAUCAAUUGGAUCCAUAUCAACGUGAUGCGAAAGGACUUAUUUGGCGGGCCAUGAUAAAAAACGCAUAUUUUCCAAGACUUGCUCCUAAGCCAGAUGAAUUCUAUUUCUCCAUCGGAACAGAUUCAUUAGCUGUCGGUGAUAGCGAUGUAAACGGCAUAGGAGAAGAAACAAUGGCGACACACGAUUAUAUACAACCAUCCUCUGAGCACACUGGUCCAUAUCUAGUUGGACCAAUGGUGAUUCGAGUGUAUCCAGAUGGUCGACCGGUUCCGGAAGACACAACGCGUCCUCUACCUCGAGAUGAAGAUAUGGAAGAAUUCAGGCGCUCUAGAGUACCUUCAGUCGAGGAAAUUAAAACUGAUAGUGAAUUCUAUGAGAAACAAUUGAAAGGAAACUCAUUUGCGGAAGCCAAUAGUCAUCGACGGUCUCAAGAGGAAUCUACUCGAUUCCGAAGUAGUCAUUCACCAUUUAAGAGACGAUUACUUCAAGAAGUAACUGCAAAGCGUAAGAUACGGCACCAUUGAACAGGAAGAGUUUGGACUGGCGAUAAAGAGUCGAGGAACCUCGUCAUAUAGGCGGCUAUAAAAUUUGUUGAAUGUUGUUAGAAGUAAUGACAGAAUAGGAAAUUAUGUUUGUUCUUCAGAAAGUUAAAACUAUUGAAAGAUAUAGGAAGAGGUAAUGAAUAUACUGCAGAUUUUUAUGCAUUUAUAGGAAAUUGCACAGAAUGCACACAAAAUAUGAAAAUAUAUAUAAAAUGAUUAGAUUGUCCUAAAAGUGUCUUUCUUUUACAGACACGUCUUUUACAACGAUGCA